AUGGUUACUAUAUUUCAAGUUGCCUUAGGUGCCCCUGAAUCUGAUCUGAUUCCCAAGUUGCCAGGCCAAACACAAAAUAUUAGCUUCAAACAGUAUAGUGGGUAUAUCACCACAAAUAAAGUAAAUGGGAGAGCCUUGUUUUAUUACUUUGUAGAGGCAGAGAAAAAUCCUACAUCUAGCCCAUUGACCCUGUGGUUUAAUGGAGGGCCAGGUUGCUCAUCAGUUGGUUUUGGGGCAUUCAUGGAGCAUGGUCCUUUCAAGCCCAUUAGUGAAGGCCUUUUGGAGCAAAAUAAAUACUCUUGGAAUAAAGAAUCAAACAUGCUGUAUGUAGAGAGUCCUGUUGGAGUGGGAUUCUCAUAUUCCAAUACUACUUCAGACAAUACUUCCAAUGAUACACUUUCUGCUCAAGACAAUUUGGAUUUCCUUCUUAAUUGGUUGGAGAAAUUCCCCGAACUUAAGGAUGUAGACAUUUACUUAGCAGGAGAGAGCUUUGCAGGACACUACGUACCCCUAUUGGCAGCCCUUGUGGUGGAUCACAACAAAAGGCCAAAUAUCACACCCAUAAAGCUAAAAGCAAUACUACUAGGGAAUCCCCUUCUGGACUUGGAGAUAUGUGUCAACAAUGGAGAAUACCUGUGGUCACAUGGUUUGAUAUCAGAUAGCUCAUACUUAAUGGAUCAAACUGUGUGUAACAACUCAAGAUAUUUGAAUAUAUACUACCAAGAUGACUGGACACAGGCUUGUCAAGACGUGAGCAACAAUAUAACAGCUGAUAUAGGAGAUGCAGUGGACAUACAUGAUGUCACAUUAGGUGCAUGUUUAUCUGACAUUCCAACGCAGGCAAUACCAUCAAGAGAUCAUGGAAAGAUUCAUACCAUGAGUUUGCAGAAAAUAAAUGAUAUCGAUCUCUGCGUUGGAGAUAAGAUAUUGGCUUAUCUAAACAAUCAGGAGGUGCAGAAAGCACUUCAUGCCAAUACAACCAGCCUGCCUUAUCCAUGGGAUUUCUGUUUCGGGCCACUUUUCUAUCAAGAAAACAACAUGGCCAAUGACAUAAAACCAGUGCUUGCUAAGCUUCUAGAGGGUGGUCUUCCAAUUUUUCUAUUCAGUGGAGACCAAGAUGCAGUGGUGCCACUGACAAGCACUAGAACCAUUGUUGACAAUCUGGCUAAGGAAUUGAAACUAUUCAAACUCCUAAGAUACAGUCCAUGGUAUGAUCAAAAACAGGUUGCAGGAUGGACUCAAGCAUAUGGGACACCAAUAAAUGGGAAGAACCAGACCCUUCUCACCUAUGCAACUGUGCGGGGAGCAUCGCAUACUGUUCCAUACACUUCUCCAUCAGAGGCACUCGCUUUGUUCAGAGCUUUACUCAAAGGGUUGCCUUUACCUAACAAGUAG